AUGAAUUUCUUAAAAUUCAUAUGUAACAAUAAUAUAUUAUCACUUGACAAAUUGUUUUGCCAAUUUGUUAAUGACCUGGAUACUUGGUGGCUGAAUCAUACAACUGAUUUGUCAUAUGAACUCACAAGAAUUCAUUCAUUCAUGCAUACCAUAAUCAUUAAUGUUGAUGAAGUUGUUCAACUUUAUAUCCCGGACAGCAAUAAUUAUAAUGACGUUUUAAUUCUGGCCUGCCUGAUAAAUAUGCAAAAUAAACGCACGGUAUCCCAUGUUAAUUUUCAUGUUCAAAUUAUAAUGUGUGCAAUUAAAUUUAAUUUCAUCGACAAAAAGUCGUUAAAAAUACAACUAAAAGAAUUAGUGAAUAAAAACUAUAUUAUGAUUGAUACACAGAACAUUUAUAAUUUGAAUAAUGAAAAAAUCAUGAACGAAAUAAAUAAACAUAUACAUAACAAUAUAUAUGUCAAUAAAAUAAUGUCAUUAAGUCGAGAAAGUUAUUACAUAACAGCCGCAUUUUACAACCUGCCAUCCAUUUUUAACCCUACAAACAAAAUAAAAAUCCAAAAUCUAACUAAUAAAACUCACAUAUUCAGCAGAUUUCAAAAAAAAUUUAUAUUCAUUAAAGAUUUCAUAAACAGCAUACUUCAAACUCAUUUCUUAAAAUUAACAACUGAUACUAUUCAAGAAAAUUACCUACAAUACCCCGUCAGAGUUCGAUUCGGUAAUCCACUGUUUUGA